CAACAGGUGAGUGGGCCAACGAGUGUGUAAUCUUGAUGUGGGGUGUUGCAACGUUUGUAGAUUAGAAAACCUCGAUAUUUCUUAUUCGUCCUAUUUACUGAAGGAGUAAGUCUUCCCGCUAUCAGAAGCAAGUCAACUGACAUAGAACAUGGGAGGCAAUUCGUCCACGUCAAGGGGUCAGGUGUUGGCACCAGCUGGGCCAGCAGGUCCCCCUGAACCUCCUUAUCCUGGACCAGCUGCAGAAUACAACUUCAUCAACACACAGGUGUCGAUGACCAACAACAUCAGCUUCUCUACAACACACAACAUGGUGACCACCAACAUUGACUCCUAUUACCCAAUCCUGGGACAGAAGUAUGCAGAAGGUUUCCGUCUCCUCACCUUCUACCGCAUACCUGGGGGAGCACAGCGCCAGGGGGGCCUCUUCAGCAUGUCCAUGGCUAUACCAUUCCAGGGUGUGUUCUGUCGCUACCCUCAAAUGCCGAGUCAACAAGGCUGGCAGCUGCGCGUUGUCAAGUCUGUCAUGGUGGCCCAGAGAAUGGGUCAUGGCUUGAUCCAGCUCAACCCCCAGAUUGUGGGAGACUCGUCUCAGAUCUACCAGGCCAUCGUGGACAACACUAAUACAGGCGGGCGUCUCAUUUGUGUCGAGAUGACAGGGCAGCAACAAGGCCAGGGCUUCAGUGCCGCCAUGCAAGGAAUCAGCCCGAUAAUGGGAGUAGACUUGUUCUUCGAGAUCCCCAAUUCCCCAAUGUCCGAGCGUUACCUCUACCAGUGUGUUCCCUGUCCAGUGACCAUACAGGCUAAUCUCUCCUUCGGGACAUCGGGUGUCAGGGUCAUGUGUGACUGGAAUGGGAUGCUUGGAUCCCAGUUAUCCCAAGGCUGGAAGUUGGUCGAGAUUUUCUUCGACAUGGGCCAAGCACGUCACGGAGCAUUCUCGACAUCAGCGUCGCUCAACUCUGUGUGGUUCUUCGAGAAACCUUCGUCGCGCGCCAAUAACAACACCCCAGUUUACCAGGGGACAGUUGUGGAGCACUUCGUCUCCAUGACAUCAGGCUUCGGUGGGGUACAUGCCACCACGAACUGGGAGCCCAUCAUACAACAGCUGGGGCUGAAGGGAUGGGAACUUGCUUGUUUUGUGGAGACCCCAGAAAGCAGGAUGACUGGUUUUGGGAAAGCAGAAAUGAAAGUUUUGUUAUUUUUUCAGAGGCCUAUCCUACCCCCAGUAGGUGGAGCCCACCACCCCAUGCCCGGCCCCGCCCAGCCCCACCCAGGGGGCCCAGCACCCCCAGCAGCAGGCUUCCUAUAUGACCAAGGACAUCCUCAGCCCCCAUCUAACGAGAAACCUCCCCCAUACCAGGGAUAGACUUUUAUGAGAACAAAUUCACCCAAGUCCAUUGUCCCAGCUUGUAUUACCUAUCUGUUGGUUUAGAGGUUGGAAGUUACAGUAGAUAUAUAAGGGUACUGUUUAUAUGUUAUUCCAUGUCGGUCCAUGUUGUUUUUUGUAUAUUUUGAAUUCCAUUAACCUCAGUGUAUUAAACAAGAUGGCUGAUCCAUCCGGUUUACCAGAUGCAAAUAUUACAGUCUACAUGUUUACAGUUUGAGAAUAAACACAAUUAAUUUUGACUGCGGGUCAAAGACGCAAACAUAGUUUGGCUGUUUGAAUCCUUGAAUUGAUCAAGUUGCAUGUGACUGGCCUUUCUAUUCUGGUAAGAUCUUCAUGGCUUUGGACCCCAGAAAUCAACUGCUUAGAGUACCUGGACUUAAAAAUGGACGAACUACUGUUGAUCUCAGAAAAUAAAGGAUGGAAAUUGAUUUAUUUUUCACUUGACUGCCAAAAUAGUCCAACUCCCUAAUGUUAUCAUUGAAAUCUCAAGUUAAACCAACAGGAGAAUUAAUUUUAUGGGUGAAUGUUUAGUAUGAUAAUGCUUACAUCUUAAACACAAUCAUGUCUGUGGCCAGUAUCACUGCAUCUUUAUAUAUCAUUUGUAGAAACUGAUGCAUGCUUUAAUUAGUUUUUAGUUUUGUACAGAACAUAUGGUAUCCCUCCCUCCCUCCCUUCCCCCUCCCUCCUCCCUUCUGUUUUGUACAGAACAUAUGGACUCCCUCCCUCCUGUUGUGUACAGAACAUAUGGUACAUGUAUCCCUCCCUCCCUCCUCCCUUCUGUUGUGUACAGAACAUAUGGACUCCCUCCCUCCCUUUUGUUGUGUACAGAAUAUAUGGACUCCCUCUCUCCCUCCUGUUGUGUACAGAACAUAUGGUAUCCCUCUCUCCCUUCUGUUGUGUACAGAACAUAUGGACUCCCUCCCCCCCCUCUCCCUUCUGUUGUGUACAGAACAUAUGGACUCCCUCCCUCUUUCUCCCUUCUGUUGUGUACAGAACAUAUGGACUCCCUCCCUCUUUUGAAUAAGAUUCAGUGGCUGUGGCCUAUUCAUUGUAAAUCAUAUUGUGAUAUGUUGUAUGUUAUAACAGUGAUGUGUGUGACUCAAGCAGAUUCUGUGAUUUGACCAGAUAAAGCGACUGAGGGAUACAGAGUUUAUAAAAGUCCAUCCGAGUUGGUCAAGACCACAUGCAACCUGGCAGGGCUCUAUACUGAUGUAUGGUCUAUGCAAUGUCCAGCUUAUUCUAGCUCACCAUCAUUGCCUUAUUAAACAAUACAAUGAGGACAGAUGUUUGAAAACAACUUAAUUUCCCUUUUUUGGUCUACUGCAUUUAUUCACCAUCAAGAGAGUUUGGGUGAUUUAUGUGCACACAAUCUGAUUGGCUGUUGCUAGAGAAUAAGCCAAUGGCUACAAACACAGUCAUAUACAGCUACAAAUAUAUCAGGCAUGAUAUUAUUUUUUGUUAUUCCAGUGUGUUUUUCACAAUCUAGAAAAAACUUGUUCGAUGGCUUCCAUAAAAAAGUGAAUAAUUUGGCCUGGCCUAACUAUAAGUCACUCUGAUUCAUUCCAGUCUGAUUCAUGAUUCAACUGUAGCUAUAGUCAGUAGCAUGUCUCCUACGUCAUGGUCUUGUGGGUGACUAACAGGAUCAGGUGGUCAGGCUCGCUGACUUGGUUGAUGCAUGUCAUUGCAUCCCAAUUGCAUGGAUCGAUGCUCAUGAUGUCUAUCACCGGAUUGUCUGGUCCAGACUUGAUUAUUUACAGACUGCCGUCAUAUAGCUGGAAUAUUGUUAGGUGCGGCAUUAAACAACAAACAAACAAACAAACAAACAAAACACAAAUGCAGUCUUGUGUCGAGACAAGUUCCUAGUGCUGUCUGUUACUGGACCUGAUCACAGACGUUGCAGGGGCGUUGCAGUACGUACUUGAACAUGACUCUAGCUGAUAGGGAGUCCCCUAUUUGUCUUUCUCCAUGUGCCAUGAUAUAAGACACCAUGCCGACACACCAAUCAGUGACUCGGAUAUUUAUUGUAUUUAAAUCAAGAUCUUCUUUUAAAGCAUAAUACUUUUUGAAGCUAAUAUUUGUUAUAACUGUUUAUGAAAUAUUUCUUUCUGAACAGAUAUGGUUGGUGGGUGAAAUAAAAAAACAAAAUAAAUUACAAAUAUAUAUUCGAGAUCUCUUGAAAUACUAUCAGUAGAUGUACAUUGAUGUAAAGUACAUUGAAAUGAAAAAAAUGUGUAAAUGCCCUGCUAAGCUUCUGCUUUGAAUGGCAAGUCAGAACUCCUUUUGGGUUACAUAAAAAAACGGCUUUGUUUUCAGUGUGUAUGAUUUGAUUUGUAUUGAGAUAACUCACAUGAUAUUCACUUAGUGCUGUAUAUAGAUUGAAAAUGUUUUAUAUUUACCUCAUAUUAAAGUGAAGCACAGUGGGAGAUGGCUGACUUUGUAUGUGUUGUUGUUGAUUAUUUACAUUGCACUGAAGAAAUUUAUCCUGUUAUCCAUGAUAUGACUAGUACUUUUGAUGUGAUUGUGGGACACUGUGACACUUCACAAAAGCCAUAGGACAACUGAUUAUAUACAUUUUAGUUAAUCCUUGUCCAAGUAUUGUGCCUUUUACCAUUUAGUUAUAGAUUUUUCUGUUAACUAUUUUGUCACUUCCCAGCAAUAAAGUUGGAUCAUAACUCAUUUGAGAA